UAUCCAUCAUUUAUUUUAGCCUGCAGCUUGAUACUUCAUUUUCACCGGGAAAAUAGCUCAGUUGCAUCAUAGAGAAAUGAAAUCGCGGGUGGCAUAUACGAAGUGUUCUAUAUUGGGUGUAAUCGCUCUCGCUCUGAGUAUAGGGCCAUGUGACGGUGUCAGGUCAAAAAGACAAACUUUAUGUCCACCUAACACAGAAUGUCAGCCACUGUCUACUUGUCCAAUGCUGAGUAAUAUACUAAACAACGAAUGUGUUCUCAGAAAUAGGAUAGAUAAUUUAAGCUGUGGUUAUCAAGGAUCUGGUCUGGUAUGUUGUCCGAACAUCCCUUAUGAUCUCAAUAGAAUAAACAAUGAUAGGAGUUACGCUAGGGGUAAUACGGUGGAUGGAGUUAGAUGUGGCUUAUCUCAAGUCCUAGGUGAAAGCUAUAAUGGCAUAGGUGCCUAUCCUUGGGUAGCUAGAAUAGGCUUCAAAAGUACUUUGACAGGCGAAAUCAAAUACCCUUGCUCUGGUUCCAUAAUCAACAAUAGAAUAAUAUUGACUGCUGCUCAUUGCGCUUUAGCGAAGGCAGAAAACUACAAAUUGUUCAAUGUCAGGGUUGGUGAAUAUUCCACGAAAACAGAAAUUGACUGUGGUUCUGAAUUUUGCGGUUUGCCUGUUCAGGAUAUGUCCAUCAGCCAUGUUGUAGUUCAUCCAGGGUAUGAUAAGCGAACUUUCAAAGACAACGUGGCUUUGAUUGUUUUGAGAAACAAGAUCAAUUAUACAGUGACUGCACAGCCGAUUUGUCUUCCUGAUUCCUGGUCCAGCACGAACAACAACGGAAUUUUGGUUGGAUGGGGAAAAACUGCCAUCCAAACAGAAACUCCUGACUACCAGCAAGUGCUUCGAUUACCCAUUAUAAGCAUCAACAAAUGUUACACCGUGUAUGGAAAGACAUUACCGGUAACAGAUGAUCAACUAUGUGCAGGUGGAGAGUAUGGAAAAGAUGCAUGUAGUGGUUUCGGUGGAUCUCCAUUAUUGGUGCAACAGGGAGACACAUAUUACCAGGUGGGAAUACUUUCAUUUGGUUCCGACCAGUGUGGCGCUGGAGGUGUACCAAGUGUCUACACAAACGUCAAAAAAUACGUUGAUUGGAUCAAAGAGAAUACACCUGUGAUAUACGACAACUAGAUUGUUCGUAUCUUUCCUUAAGAAAUACCUCGAAUUGUUUUUCAAAAUACUUUCAAUCAGUAUACUUUUAGUGUAAAAUUUGUACAUAACUAGGUAGAAUUUCCUUCCAAUUAUUUAUAUCUAUGGAGAGAAUGAAUUGAUUCUGUAUUUAGUAUCUCAUUUGCAAUAACCAUUAGUCGUAGAUACAUUAAUGAUUGUU